AUGCAAAAGACAUCCGCUGUGGUCAAUGCGAAGGAUCUCACGCCAUCAUUAGUAAGUGACUCAGUCUUAUCUGUCGAUCUCAUCAUUUACGAGGGACUUCUCGCCAUCGUCGGCGUUGACUCACCUUGGAAGGCACGCACCGACGAGUUCCUCACGGUCGCACUCUUGAUUGGAUUGUCAAAACAGCAGCAGAUGAUUUGA